AACUUCACUCUAUUUAAUUUCAAUUUUAGAUCAUUUGACAGGUCUAGGAAAGAAAUUUAAUUUAAUCAAAGUCAUCCUACAUUUAUUCGUGAAUAUCAAACAGUGAAAAUGUCGGCCUUACCAGGAGCCAUUGCUUUCGACGAAUAUGGUAGACCAUUUAUUAUUUUAAGAGACCAAGACAAGCAAAAACGAUUGACCGGAAUCGAUGCUCUGAAGUCGCACAUUUUAGCCGCGAGUCAAAUUGCUCACACUGUUCGCACCUCUUUGGGGCCCAAAGGCCUAGACAAGAUGAUGGUCUCCUCUGAUGGAGAAGUUACCGUAACUAAUGACGGGGCUACUAUUUUGAAGAUGAUGGAUGUUGAACAUGAAGUAGCUAAAUUGUUAGUUCAACUAUCUCAAUCACAGGAUGAUGAAAUAGGGGAUGGAACUACUGGAGUAGUAGUACUAGCAGGGGCUCUGCUGGAACAAGCCGGCGCCCUCUUGGACCGUGGAAUCCAUCCGAUAAGAAUAGCCGAUGGCUUCGAAUUGGCAUGCCAAACGGCUGUGGAUCAUCUGGAGAAAAUCGCCGAACUGUUUCCAGUUUCCGCUGAAAACACCGAGCCCCUUGUGAAAGUUGCGAUGACCACUUUAGGCUCGAAAAUAAUUAACAAGUGUCACAGGCAAAUGGCCGAAAUCGCCGUCAAUGGGGUAUUAGCUGUGGCGGAUCUCGAACAAAAGGAUGUCAACUUUGAACUCAUUAAAGUAGAAGGAAAGGUUGGUGGUAAAUUGGAAGACACGACAUUAGUGAAAGGUGUCGUUAUAGAUAAAACAAUGUCUCAUCCUCAAAUGCCGAAGGAACUUAAGAAUGUUAAAUUGGCAAUCCUCACCUGCCCGUUUGAACCUCCCAAACCCAAGACCAAGCAUAAGUUGGAUGUCACCAGCGUAGAAGACUACAAAGAACUAAGAUUGUACGAACAAGAAAAAUUCAAGGAAAUUGUUGGCUUAGUCAAAAAAGCUGGAGCUACCUUGGCCAUUUGCCAAUGGGGAUUCGAUGAUGAAGCUAACCAUUUGCUGUUGCAGCAGGAGUUGCCUGCUAUAAGAUGGGUUGGUGGUCCAGAAAUAGAGCUGAUAGCCAUCGCGACUGGAGGAAGAAUAGUUCCACGAUUCGAGGAACUUAGCCCUGAAAAACUCGGCUCUGCCGGUUUGGUGCGCGAGAUAUCGUUUGGAACUACCAAAGAUAAGAUGAUGGUGAUUGAAGAAUGCUCGAAUUCCCGUGCCGUUACCAUUCUUGUCAGAGGCGGUAAUCAAAUGUUGGUUGAUGAAGCUAAGAGGAGUUUACACGAUGCUUUGUGUGUUGUGAGGAGUCUCAUUCAGGAACCAAGAGUCGUGUACGGAGGAGGUGCAGCUGAAAUAGCUUGCAGUUUAGCUGUGGCAGCUCAAGCCGAUCAGUUGGCUUCUUUGGAACAAUACGCUUAUCGGGCAUUUGCUGAAGCGUUGGAAAGCAUUCCGCUGGCUCUAGCUGAGAAUUCCGGUUUCUCCGCCAUCCAUACUUUGGGAGAAAUCAAGGCAAAGCAAGCUGCAUCGGGAGAUCCGGCACUUGGCGUCGAUUGCAUGAAUAUUGGCAACAUAAACAUGAGAGAACAGCAUGUUACAGAAUCUCUGCGAUCUAAGAGGCAACAAUUGUUGUUGGCUACGCAAUUAGUGAAAAUGAUUCUGAAGAUUGACGAUGUACGUCAACCUGGCUCCGGCUAAUUCAGUUUCCGAUCGCAAAAAUUUGUUCCGCUUUUAAUUAUCACUAAUUGUAAUGUUACUUACUUACAGAUUUGUACCGCUCUUUCUGUAUAC